AUGAUGAUGAUGAUGAUGAUGAUGAUGAUGAUGAUGAUGAUGAUGAUGAUGAUGAUGAUGAUGAUGAUGAUGAUGAUGAUGAUGAUGAUGAUGAUGACCAUGAUAAUAAUAAUGAUGUUGAUGUCGACGUUGAGGACGAUGAAGUUAAUUACGGUAAUGGUGCGUUCGUGAAUGGAAAAGUGAAGGAACGAGGAUUGGAAGAGGAAGAGGAAGAGGAAGAGGAGAACGAGGAGGUUGAGAAGAAGAAAGAUAUGAAAGAGUCUGAGAAGAAUCUCGACGACAAAGAGAAAACUUUGGAUACAGCGAAUCAUAACAAAAUCAACAACGAGCCACCUUAUAAAACUUUUGAUGACAUAAUAAAGAGACUGACUCUUGGAGAUUCGGUUACAUCGAAACCUACAAUUCGCCGUGAUUAUCGAAAUACCGUUAUUGAAAAAUAUUUAAAACGCGACGCUUACGGAAACAUAUUUGAUUCGAUAAAUACCACAAAGGGUGAAAAGGAAACUCUUCGUCAAGGCAAAUCAGUUGGUUAUUCCUCCUCGAAUAAAUGGCGUUUAUACGAUACGAGAGUCGAUGCGAACGGUAUGAGAAAUACUAAAAAGAUUUCUAAUGCGAUUGGUGAUCGAAAGAGCUGGAAAGCUCGGAAGGAAAGUGAAAGGAAACAAAUUUAUUUAAAUUGGAAUGAAAAUUUGAGGAGCAGAAUAAAGAGCGUUGAACAGACCUACAAUGAGGAGUACGAAGAAAACGAAAAGGACGAGGAUGUUGCUAAGAUCGGACGACAACGCGUUCCCGAGAUGCAGGCCGAUUAUGACAAUACGGAUUACGCGGACGAGGAAUAUGGAACUAAGACCGAUCAUGGGAAAUUGGUUGGACCAAAUGAAAAACUUACAUUGUUAGUGAGUACAAUGCCAACAGUGACGACGACGACGACGACGACGCCAGUGCCCCCAUCGCCCCCAUCGCCCCCAUCGCCACUAUCGACUACAAGGAUGACAAUACCAACGACGGUGCAGACGAUAACAUUACCAAAGCCCGUCAUCAGCGUCCGACCUCCACCCGUAAUUAACGAGCAUAAAGAUUUGCGUUCUCAGGAGUCCUGGAGUGAUUCUCGAUCGAACGGUUUACACGAAAAAUCAGCGCAUAAUAUCCACACAUGGCAAUCAACGAAUAGCCGCGAUGGUAUUAAGGAUUUCAAAGGAUACGCUCAACAACAUAAUAUUGAAAAUGGCAAGGCGGCCGAAAUAAAAGAAGCUCUUCAACACGCGAGAAAAGUAUCUCGAGAGGGUAGUUGCCAAUGGCCAAGAGCUCGAGUUAUACCGGUCCGUGAGGUAUACCCGAGUCCCUCGACAACUUACAUUCCACACUGUGCUAUACUCCACAGAUGUUCGGACGAUACCGGAUGCUGCAGUUCGGAAGCACUCACCUGCGUCCCCAAGCUCUCCCAUCGCGUCGAACUAUACUUCUACACUACGAGCAUCGGAGGUGCAAGCGUAGUCAAGAAAUUAUCCUUCUACAAUCAUACCGAGUGCGAAUGCAGAGAGCGGCUGGAGUACGGGGGUAUUGGAGGGCUUAUUGAAACAACCAUUGAUAAAACGAGCGGAUCGAACGAGCAGAGAUUUACCAGGCAUCACGCACCACCACCAACCCCAUCAUCACCGGUAUCGUCUCCUCCGCAAAACAUCAGACGAGCGCCACCGCUUAAAAAACCGUGCAGAUGUCCCUCGGAAUUCACGCCGCGAAUAACGCCCGAGGGUGAAUGCCAUUGCAACUGCUUCGAAAAUCAUCUCGAUUGCAUACGUACGAGACGCGGCAAAGGAUACUUUUCUCUUAGAGAUAGAUUAUGUAUACAAAACGAAGAGUGUGCAACGCCGAUGUGCGAGUUCGGGGAAUACAUGAGAAGACAGGGCAAGUGUCCGAGGAAAAAGGAUAGAUUCGACGCGAUCGCCAAUCAUCCGACUAAUCAUAUAAAUCUCCACCAUAGAUUGAGAAAUUAGGUUUUAGAUUGCUCGUGCGAAACAAGGCCCCGCAACACCUGCGCCACCGCGACGACCACCGCGACCAAUGACCAAUGACAGCGAGAAAACGGGUAUAAACGGGAGCUGGGUCGCGGAGCGACACACGACGCCUGUUGUUAGAACUUUGAUGGUUGGAACGUUGAAACGCAGUUUGUAAAUUGUAAAUUGUACAACACACAGGUGUCGCUUUGCGUCGCUUGCCGCCGAAGCUCUGGAAAGUUUUCAAUAUAUAUGAUGCAUGUACGCACUAUGCACUAGACCUGCUAGCUGCUAGUACGCAGAGGCAGCCGCGAUAGCGCUGUCUAUCGACAUCGACACUUGUUUUUCAGUUGGCUUCAGCUCGAUCGCGGAGAUCGCGGAUAACGGGAGGAAUUUUUUUAGACGGCGUCUAUCAUUGAUAACGACGUGAAUUAAUUCAACCGUUGUGGUGUAAUGCGAGAUAUACUUUUAUAUUCAGAAAGCACGUCUCAUCGCGGGGACGACUACCAGGCAGCAAGCGGGGGCUCAACCCUAUAUUGUUAUUAUUAUUAGUAUUAUUUUUAUCAACAUUCUUGUCGCGUUUUGUGGUGGUCUCCUAACUCAAUUGAUAUAUAGAAUACAGACGAGACUGGGCGAGAGCGAGCCGCUCCAAUUGUGUGCCUUAUAUACUCUCAUCAUAUAAUUUUAGUAAUAUUCAUCAAAAAAGUAAUAUUCCUUCGCUCGAUCCCAUCAGUUACCAAACAAAAUCGUAUUCCGAACUCAAGUCUAGCUUCAAGUAUUUGAACAGAGGAAUAUGCGUGAGAAAUAAUGAUUAUACGCGCGCGAAAUGGCAUACCUAUAUAUUCGCUGCUGAGCUAGGCGUUUCAAAUUUCUCAAACCUCUCAAAAGUGCAGCAUGCCGGUGUGACACCAAGGUCUUGACAAAACUACGAACGCGAGCAUCCAUCCGUCUUUACACGCGAACGCUCAAAUAUCUUCAUACAAACAGCGGCGGCGAUUAUAUAUGCGCCGCUGCUACUGAUAAUAUUGCAUACAUUUUAUUUUAUUAAUAUAUUUAUUCGAUAGAACUUGAGGUUGCUGUAUUUAUAGUAUAUACAUGAUACUCGCAAACA